AUGUCUAGGCCGAGAACGUCCCCCGGACUCACCAGCGAUUCGUUCAUUCCUCUCUCCAGACAAAACAGUGGACUCCACAGGACCACCACUGCUAGACCCACAACCACGGCGACAAGUGUUGCAACCCAGGACAUCAUCUGUGCAGUCAGCGAAUCUCGCGGCAUUUCGUCAACAGUUGGUCUUGCCUUUGUCAAUCUGUCGACUGCAGAGACAGUCCUCUGCCAGAUAUGCGACAGCCAGACCUAUGUCAGGACGGUGACAAAGAUCGGAGUGUUUGAGCCCACAGAGAUCCUUUUUAUGAAUACUGCCAAAGAAUCCAAACUGUUUUACAUCAUUGAGGAGAACAUCCCCAAUACUACCUUCACUUUUCUAGACCGCAAGUCCUGGUCAGAUAAAACUGGCCUUGAAUACGCCGACCGGCUGGCUUUUCCUAUAGACAUUGAAUCCAUCAAGAUCACCUUCGGAGGCAACUACUUUGCCGCUUGUUGCUUUGCUGCGGUCAUUCAGUAUGUUGAACUCGAGUUGAAUAGAACAUUCAUGGCACACUCUCUUCGAAUCCGAUUCGAGCCCUCCCAAGGGUCGAUGUCAAUUGAUCUACCCACCAUUUUCUCCCUGGAGCUGAUCCAAAACCUUCAUGUGAGAAAGUCGAAGGAGAGCUUAUAUGGUCUCCUCAAUGAAACCCUCACUCCUAUGGGCGCAAGAGUCCUGCGAGCCAACGUCCUGCAGCCUUCGACGGAGGAGUCGAAGUUAUUGGCAAGAUAUGAUGCCGUGGAAGAUUUGUCCACAAAGGAAGAGAUGUUCGCGUCCAUUAGACAAGCCCUGAAGGGAUUUGUCGAUGCGGACAAAGUCCUCACGUCGCUCAUUCUUGUUCCUACCAAACAAACGUUUCAAUACCUCCAGCAGUGCGUGAAUAAUGUCAUCAUGUUAAAGACAUACCUGUGUGCCCCAGUGGAAUAUCGGGAUAUUGAACAAAUGAUUGAAGACACAAUCAAUGAUCAUAUAACGUACCAAACCAAGCCAUUGGAUCUGAGGAAUCAGCGCAUCUAUUGUAUCAAGGCCGGUGUGAACACUCUGCUCGACGUUGCGAGACAAACAUACAAGGAGGCGAGCAUAGAUGCUGCAGAGCUCGUAGCACAACUCUCAGAGACUCAUUCCGUUGACCUUGAUCUAAAGUUUGACAAAACUCGUCAGUACUAUAUGAGCUUCCAGGCAACAGAACUGGAUUCACUGCCAGAAAUAUUCAUCAAUGUGUACCGCAAAAAAAACCGCAUUGAGUGUCAGACUCUUGGACUAGUCAAGCUUAACCAAAAGAUUCUAGAUGCGCACAAUGAGGUGGUCAACAUGAGCGACGAGACUAUCCAGGACCUAAUCAAAGAUGUCUGCGCCGGAAUCUCCAAACUAUUUCGUGCAAGCGAGGCAAUUGCCAUGCUCGACAUGCUAGCCGCAUUUGCGCAUCUCGCUUCGUGUAAUGACUACAUCCGCCCAGAAUUAACCGACACUCUGGCCAUCAAAGAUGGGCGUCACCCGAUUCGCGAAAAGAUCCACGCAAAGAAAUUCAUCCCCAAUGAUGCCUACGUAACACAGCAAUCUCGUUUCCAGAUCAUUACAGGGUGCAACAUGAGCGGAAAGUCCACUUACAUUCGUACCUUAGCCUUGAUGACUGUCAUGUCGCAAGUUGGGUGCUUCAUUCCAGCGGAGUACGCUUCAUUUCGCAUUGUGCACGAGCUCUUCGCCCGUGUUUCCACAUCCGAUGAUCUAGAAGCAAAUGUGUCAACCUUUGCAGCGGAGAUGCGUGAGAUGUCAUUUAUCCUUCGAAAUAUCUCCCCUCGAAGCAUGGUCAUCGUCGACGAGCUCGGCCGUGGCACCAAUACCACCGACGGCCUGUGCAUUGCCAUUGCUAUUGCCGAAGCCUUAAUACAAAGCAACGCCCUUGUGUGGUUUGCGACCCAUUUCCAAGACCUGGCUACUAUCCUAGCCGAACGCAGCGGUGUCAUCAGUCUCCAUCUCGCAGCAGAGAUAUCACCCGAUGCGUCGAAAAUGAGGAUGCUUUACAAGAUCGCUGAGGGACCCAACAUGAGCCAGUUCUACGGCCUGGCCCUCGCCAAACUGGUCGAUCUUUCGCCUAUCGUGCUUCAGACUGCCCAGAGGGUAUCUGAACAGCUGAACGAGAUCUCCGACCGUCGGCAAGGAAGAUCGAGGGCAUUGGCCGUGGCUCGAAAACGCAAUUUGCUACUGUCCCUCCGUGAACAACUUCUUCAAGCCCGGAAUGGAAAUCUAAAAGGCGACGUGCUGAGGAAAUGGCUUAGAAAAUUACAGGAUGAGUUUGCGCUACGUAUGGCUGCUGUCGAUGAAGAGCAUGAUCUUCUAGUUACAGAAAGCAGUAGCUUUGAUGUAGAAGAGGACGGCGACGAUAGUAGUCCACCUGACUACUGUGACGAGGAAGAACUCGAAACAGCACCCUUUAACUCAAGCCAGUCGUUCAUGUUGGGAAGCCCGUUCGAAUACUCCGACGAUGGCCUCCCGUCCGACUCGGUCCAGGUAUUUAACGAUGAAUCGACGGACGAAAUGCUGACCUUCGGGACUUCGUCAUCGGACGGACAAAUGUUCGGUGUUGGGGUUUCGUCCGACGUCUUUUCGUAG